CCCUGCCCUGGCGGCUCAUGGUCCUCUUGCCGUUGCGCGUAAUAAGCAAGGUGGACGCGAGUGGGCGCACAUGGUGGAUGUCAACCGCGAUAUCACUAAUUUCCGAGAACUUGUGCCUGAAAUGGCGAGGAAUUGGCCAUUCGAGCUAGAUACUUUCCAGAAAGAGGCCGUAUAUCAUCUGGAGAACGGAGACUCUGUCUUUGUUGCAGCCCACACCUCUGCAGGAAAGACUGUCGUUGCAGAGUACGCUAUCGCCUUGGCGGCCAAACACAUGACCAAAGCGAUUUAUACGUCUCCCAUCAAGGCGCUCAGUAACCAGAAAUUUCGCGACUUCCGUUUGGAGUUCGAUGAUGUCGGCAUUCUGACAGGAGAUGUGCAGAUACGACCGGAAGCUAGCUGUCUGAUCAUGACCACAGAGAUCUUGAGGAGUAUGCUCUAUCGUGGAGCCGAUCUCAUUCGAGACGUGGAAUUUGUCAUCUUUGAUGAGGUACAUUAUGUCAAUGAUUCGGAGCGUGGUGUUGUUUGGGAAGAGGUCAUCAUUAUGCUUCCGGAGCAUGUGACCCUGAUAUGCCUAUCUGCAACUGUGCCAAACACAUACGAGUUUGCGUCCUGGGUUGGCCGCACCAAGAAGAAAGACAUCUAUGUCAUCUCCACCCCGAAGCGGCCUGUGCCACUGGAACACUACUUGUGGGCAGAUAAGAAGAUGCACAAGAUUGUUGAUGCCAAUAAGCACUUCCUCGAGAAAGGCUGGAAAGAUGCCAAUGAUGCAAUGAGCGGCCGGGACAAGAUCAUUGCAGCAGAAGCCAAGGCCAAGGAAAAGGAAGAUGCUGCUGCUGCUGCUGGUCGAGGGGGACGAGGUGGUCGUGGUGCCGCUCAAGGCCGUGGAGGUCAGCAAAGGGGAGGUGGCAAUCAACGUGGAGGCCCUCAGCAACGUGGACGAGGUGCACCUGCCAUCCGUGGACAGGGCAACAUCGCACGUACUGGGCGUGGAGGUGGCCGAACGACAGCAGCCCAAGACCGGAACAUAUGGGUGCAUCUCGUGCAACAUUUGCGAAAAGAGGAGCUGUUGCCUUGCACAAUCUUCGUCUUCUCGAAGAAACGAUGCGAAGAGAAUGCAGAUGCGCUUUCCAACCUGGACUUCUGCACAGCGACAGAAAAGAGCGCAAUUCACAUGAUCCUGGAGAAGUCUCUGGCACGACUGAAGCCUGAUGAUCGCACCUUGCCACAGAUCCGGCGGAUGCGCGAAUUGCUUGCCCGUGGCAUUGCAGUCCAUCAUGGUGGUCUUCUACCUAUAGUCAAGGAGUGCGUGGAGAUUCUAUUCUCCAAAACUCUGGUCAAGGUCCUUUUCGCGACCGAGACGUUCGCCAUGGGUCUGAACUUGCCUACGCGAACAGUAAUAUUCUCUGGUUUCAGAAAGUAUGACAGCAAGUCGUUCCGCGAUCUCCUACCUGGAGAGUACACGCAAAUGGCUGGUCGUGCCGGAAGAAGAGGACUGGACACUGUCGGCUAUGUCAUCCUGGUCAGUCCUGGAGCAGAUGAGGCUCCGCCUGCAGCUCGUCUGCGACAGAUGAUGCUAGGAGAGCCGACCAAGCUGAGAUCUCAAUUUCGCCUGACCUACAAUAUGAUCCUCAACCUGCUUCGAGUGGAAGCUUUGAAGAUUGAGGAGAUGAUCAAGCGAUCGUUCUCCGAGAACGCCACGCAAGCACUCUUGCCUGAACAUCAAAAGCAAAUCAAGUUAUCAGAAGCGGAUCUUGAGAAGGUCGUGCGAGAGUCUUGCGACAUCUGCGACAAAGACAUUGACGUCUGUCAGGCUGCGAGCGUCGAGUACGAAAAGCUGACUGCCAGUCUGCAUUUAAUGAUGUUGUCGACGCCUGUAGGCCGCCGAAUGUUUCAGCCGAAGCGAUUGAUUGUGUUCAGAGGCAAGAACAACGUUCGUACUGCUGGUGUGCUGCUUCGCGAAGGAGCCGCGAGAGGCUCGUCACCUACAGUACACGUCCUCGAGGUGCUCUACCGCAAUCAACGCAAGCGACAAGACCCAGAUUUCCUGCCAUUCCUGCCGCGAUUCCGCCGCCGCUUCGUGGAGCUACCUCAGAAGGAGAACGAAAUGCAACUUCGCACGGUCACGAUCUCUCUCGACGACAUACAAGCGCUGACCGGGACGCAUAUCUCAAUGGAUGUCAGUGGGGUGCUCCAGCACGAUCCAGAGGCUCUCGCCAAAGUGAAGGCCGAGCUUCUUACGACUUGCUCAUCAUGGACUUCCUCAUCGUGGAACGAGCUUGACUACUACAAAUACCUCAAAGAUAUGAACAUCCGCACCCUCCUCGAUGACCGCAGCAAAGCCGCCUUCGCCGCUUCGGAGCGCGAGUGCAUCCAGUGUCCCCACCUCCCCAAACAUUUCGCCAUGGCCCACGACCAAUGGAUAAUUCGCGACAGGAUCGACUCCAUUCGCCAGCUCAUGUCGGACCAGAAUCUUCAGCUCCUUCCCGACUACGAACAACGCAUACAUGUUCUCAAGGAUCUCGGCUUCAUCGACGAUCAGUCGCGAGUGGAAUUGAAGGGCAAAGUCGCGUGCGAGAUCCACUCUGCGGACGAAUUGGUAUUGACAGAACUGGUGCUCGAGAAUGUCUUGGCAGACUAUGAACCGGAGGAAAUCGUCGCCCUGCUCUCGUCGUUCGUCUUCCAAGAGAAGACCGACUCGGUACCAAACAUGACGCCGGCUCUCGAGAAAGGCCAAGAGACGAUCAUUGCCAUAUCCGAGAAAGUCAAUCGUUACCAGACGCUGCAUCAAGUUAUUCUGUCUUCGGAUGAUAGCAACGAUUUCGUGAGCCGGCCUCGUUUUGGACUGGUGGAAGUCGUGUAUGAAUGGGCGAGGGGUAUGCCGUUCUCGAGGAUUACCGACUUGACGGAUGUGUUGGAAGGGACGAUUGUACGAGUCAUCACGAGAUUAGACGAGACGUGUCGAGAGGUGAAGAAUGCUGCGAGGAUCAUUGGCGAUCCGACACUGUUCACCAAGAUGCAGACUUGUCAAGAACUGAUCAAGAGGGAUAUCUGCGCUACGGCUAGUCUGUAUAUGUGAGAUGUGCAGAUGCUAGGAAGGCUGGGUGAUGGAGUGGAAGAGCCAUCGCUUCCGGGACAGGUGAGUAAGGCGGCGCCGAGCCAUCACCGUGCAAAUACAUGUAGAGGAGGGUCCACAACGUGGCCUGUCAGGUACAGUACCUCCAUCU